AUGACCCUACAGCCACCGCUGCCGCCAACGUCCCCAUCCUCCACCUUUGCCUCGACAUCGUCGGUGCCUACAACAUCCUCAUCGACAGCGACGCAGAGAACACCGCCACCGCUCACCCUGGUGAAACUCAAGGCGCUAAAGAAUCGAGCCAUAGGGAAUGCGCGUGCGAAGGCUGAAAUGGGCCGGGACGCAGAGCUCGUUGGGAGCUUGAACCCAUAUUACACGGGGGAGCAGGUCACGGACGGGGACGAGAGGGAGGUCGCGACGGAGGCGGCACAUGUCAUAGCGUCCAUAGCGUACGGUGCUUCCGCUCCUCGUUCACCGGCAGACCCUGACACCCAUCUCCGUACAGGCCCGGACAGCGUCUUGGAGACGCUCCUCCGCGCGAAUGCACCCCACGCGCUCGUAUGCGCGAUUGCGUCUGCAGCGGCACCCCCAGCCUCAUCAUCAUCAUCUUCUUCUUCGGCAGCCCAGCCAAAAAUAAGGUCAUUGUCUUCCGACGAACCACGCGCAGCCGCGACCCGUGCACUCCGAACGCUUGCGGUGCGGCUUGCGGACUGUGUCGGCCCCGCGGCGUGGGGUCUACGUGAGGAUCCGGAUUCCGUGGUUGUUUUGGAGGCAGAUGAGACGGAUUCUCAGCACGGACAACAGCCAGGCUCCGAAAUAGGCUCAGAAGGCGUCCCAGAGGGAGGAACAAGAAUACGGGUCCGCGAUCUCGCGGGUGUGGCGCUGGACUGGCUGUUCGAGCCCGAAUCUCUGGACGUUCUCCUGCCUCUGCUUGCCCCCGCUCAGUCCUCAAAACCGACAGCCACAUCCAUCGCGCAGAUGCUCGGCUUUGCGCUGCGCCGGGCGGAGCACCGGGCCGCCGUCGUCGCAUGGGUGCCCAGUGGCGGCAGCAGCGUCACAGCAGCGACGCCGACAACGCCGACAGCAACGCGCAAUCGGGGCUGGGAAAAGCCCGCGCCGGACGGGGACGGGGAGGCAGGCGGGUGGAUGUGUCGGACGUUGCUCGGCCUCGUGGUGCGGUGCGCGAACACGAAUGCGAGGGACCGCAAGCUUGUUGAGGCCGCGCUGUGGGCCUUGGGUGCGGUCGCCAAGGAUGAGCCGAGCGUGGCGGGUGCGGUGGGCGAGGCCUCUCUGGCCUGUGUGCUGAUGCUUGCGAAAACCGUCGAGGCGGUGGAUGUGCAGGUCGCCGCGUGUCUCUGCGCGACGCACAUAUUGCGUGCGCUCCCUGGUGCGGCGCCAGACGGGGCGGUUCUUAGUGUGCUGAGCGUCCUCAAUCAUCUUAUCGCGGAGCCGGGCAUGGAGACCAGGACGAAAGCGUGCUUUGUAUUGUAUCAUCUUGUCGCGGACCACCCUGCGCUGGCACUGACAGCCUACGAGCGUGGGUCAGUGGGUCUCCUGGCGGCGGUACUGCGGGAUAUUGCCGAGCCGGAGGACGGGGAUGAUGAAGCGGAGAGCGUCUCCGCUCUACGCGAGGCAGCUCUGACCUGCCUCGCGGCGCUAGCGCUCUUCGAGAACAAUAUCCGUCUUGCACUCACGUCGUCGUCGCCAUCUCUGCUUCCCACGGUACUGGCAGCGCUGACGCACCCGCGCGUUGGGGUGCGGUAUGCGGGGUGCCAGUGCGUGCGCGCGCUCAGCCGCGGCCUGGCGGUGCUACGCACGAAUAUCGUCGACAGUGGGCUUGGUAUGGGUGUGUUCGCCGUCCUUAUGCGGCAGGAGGAUAAGCGCGUCAUUGGCGCGGCGCUUGCCGCGGUAUGUAACAUCGUUAAUGGCUUCUCGCCGUUGCGGCCGAUCUAUCUCGACCAGGGCCUGAUGCCGCGCCUUGUGAAACAUAUUGCUGGUUCAGAGGCGACACUGAGGCUGAGUGCGCUCUGGGCGGUCAAGAAUCUGCUCAGCAAGAGCAGCGGCGAGACGAAACGAGAUGUCAUGGCUCAGCUUGGCUGGCCGCGUCUGGCCUUGCUUCUGGGGGACCCAGACGUAGGCAUUCAAGAGCAAGCCUGGCACAUCCUGCGCAACCUCGCAGAGAACGAAGCUGGCGUGGAGAUGGCCUUCCGCGAACUCGGCCCGGCGCCCAUCGUCGCGCACCUUGUGCGGGUGCUCAGCCACUCAUCGGCGACGACCACCCCCGUUGCACCUGCCCCAGCGAAUCCACCGCCUACCCCGAGUCCCACAACGGCCACACACAACCAAGACAGCCUCCUCCCCGCGACAUGCGUCGUCGCGAACAUCGCGAACACGGGCACGCCGUACCACGCGCACCUGCUGUCUUCCCCCGCCCUGCUGCGCGCUCUGCGGUCCGUCCUCGCCGACGCGGGCAUAGCGGUCCGUCGGCCCGCAGUGCAUGCGAUCCUGGAGCUCGCGCGGGGCAGUGCGGCGGCGCGCCGGGCGCUGGCGGAGGCGGGCGUGCGGGGCACGUUGGCGGUACUGGUACGGGGCGGGAGCACCGGUGCGGAGGAGCGGGAUGUCGUUGAGCAGGCGAAGAUGGCGCUGGAUUGGCUCGAGCAUGGGGAGCUGGAUCGUUAGAUUCGGCCUUGUACACUGUCUUUGAUUGAUCAUCACCUUAUAUGUGUGGGAAUAUCAGCACCGCUUGUGAAGGAUACUUUGUGGUCGCAUUCAGUGUGCGAUGUAGGCACAUUGAGAAGGGAGUGACCUGCCUAUUAACCGCAUUGGUGAAGUUCCCAUCUGAAUCAUAUCGACCCUUAUCUCCUCACUCUCCAUUCGCAGGUUUCGUGAUUCAGGAGCUAGUAGAGCACGCCAUCCUCCUUUACGUCUGAAACAAUGCCACGUUCUUGCGGCUGCUCUCGUGAAAGUGUUUCAUACCCCGCGCUAGGCGCCUUCAGUCCUAGGGGCAAGAGAGGAUUCCUCGUAGAGGCCCAGUUCCCCAGGGGGGGAAUCACUUCUAGUCUCAACACGAAUGGUGGAUUUUAUCUGGCUACUCUGAC